AUCGCGAGGACUCGGCGCGCAGUCGCGACGCGUGUGCGCCGGACAGAUCGUUCGCACACGGCUGCCCAUAUAAGGCAAUUUCCCCACGUCCCUGGCGGCGAUUGGACCGCGUGACCGGCACGUCCCGCGUCGAUGACUGAUUCCUCCCGAAAGUCGCGUGUCCGCGAAUCGAUCUUACGUAAAUCGUGCAUGUACACGUCGAAUCGGCCUUGGUCGUCCUAUCGGGAAAUUAUUCGCGCCGUUACCGCGUUUACUACCCCCGCCGCUGAUUUCAAUUCGUAUUUGUCGCGCAUUCUCGUUUUAUCCGCCGCUUCGUUUCACGUGAAUGCCGGCAAUUACGCAUUAAUUAUCCGAUUCACGAAUCAUCGGGCGCGACGCAUUAAUUAUCCAUUCAUUCUUUUACAGUAUCGACUAGCAUACUUCGUUCCGAAUAUCCGAUAGAUUUCCAAUUCGCGUGAUUUUUCUAUCUCGCGCGCCUAUUGUAACGUGCGGUGGCGCGCAAUCGCGCCACGAAUUUUUGACGACGCUUGACGGGGCGCGGGCAUUCCGUUGCGGGCCAAUCAGAAUGGCGGGCCGUGGCGGCGCUGCGCGCGCAGGCGUAGGGAUACAGGAUUCGCGGAGAGAGAAAGAGAAAGAGAGAGAGAGAGAGAGAGAUAGCCGGCUGGUCGUGAGAGAGGAGCCUCCCUUCCCGUUCGCCCGUGUGAGCCAGCCGCGCGAUCUCUUCGACUGGACACUACGCCGCUAUCCAGUUCCAUCACGGCCGAGAUACACCGGGAAAGUGUCGGUUAAAGUGCUCGUGACUCUGCCCACCGGCUACAUCGCUCGCUACGGAAAAUGGCAUCUGGAGUAACAGUCGCGGACGUUUGCAAGACAACGUAUGAGGAGAUAAAGAAAGACAAAAAGCACCGAUAUGUGAUUUUCUACAUCAAAGACGAGAGGCAGAUAGAUGUCGAAGUUAUCGGACCUCGCGACGCGGCUUACGAUGCUUUCCUUGAGGAUUUACAGAAAGGCGGUAGCGGGGAAUGCCGUUAUGGCCUGUUUGACUUUGAAUAUACCCAUCAAUGUCAGGGUACUUCCGAGGCAUCCAAGAAACAGAAAUUGUUCCUGAUGUCGUGGUGUCCCGACACGGCCAAGGUUAAGAAGAAGAUGUUGUACUCGAGUUCCUUUGAUGCUUUGAAAAAGUCGCUGGUCGGUGUGCAAAAGUAUAUACAGGCGACAGACUUGUCGGAGGCAUCCGAGGAGGCUGUCGAGGAGAAACUUCGAGCUACCGACAGGAAUUAGGAGUAUUCCAGCAAAACCCAAAACCACUAUUACAAGAUAAGAAAAAAGAAAAUCAAGUGGAAUACAGUACAUCGCGAAUUAACUUCCCAGAAACAAAAAAAAACAAUGCUCUAUACUGUCGUUGCAUCGAGGGUUCACGUUUUUACACAUUUUUCACUUUUAAACGAGACCGAUUAUCAAGUAUUUUGCGCUACAUAUGUUAGUCAUCAUGGGAGCGAAUAUUAUAGCAAAAGUAAACAGAAAUGGAAAAAAAUGGAAGGAAAAAAAAACAAAGGGCAAGCCCUUUUCAUACUGCGGACGUUGUGUGAAUCUGUCUAAUAUUAAUAUUAUACUAUAUUAUUAUAUAAUUAUAAGAUAAUUGUACAAGAAUACAAAACAAUUUACAACCAGUCAAGCAGUAAGAUCCAGAAUUAUUACACUUUUUUUCUCACUGGCUGUACAACAUUUAAAUUAAAUUCAUUUCAUUAUGA